AUGGCGGCACGGUUAACCCACAAGACAUUUACCAUCGUGGUUGCAGCAGCGCUUCUCGCAUCGUCGUCAUCACCACGCCACUUCCUCACGCGGGCAUACCACUUCAACUACGGCGUAUCCUUCCGGCACCCGUGCCUUAAGGAGGCAUCGACAUCCGGGCGGGCAGCCGUGCCGUUCACGCCGCUGCUCGUCGAGCCGCCGACGCUGGUGUACGCGGAGGCUGUGGCGGCGCUCAUCGUGCGCGUGCAGGCUGGGGCAUGGCCAGGCCGGACGGCACUGCAAGACCUGCACACGCAGCGGCUUGAGCUACGAGGCAACCUGUCGUGCCCUGCGGACCUAUUUGACGACUUUCCGGCCACUCUCGCGGUCUGUGCGCCCGUCGUGGCUAGCGAGACAGAAAAGUACAGCAGCAUCAAGACGGAAAAGUUCAAGCUGCAGCCCACCUCGGGCAACACGAGCCUGCCGUAUACGUCGACCCUCAAUGUUCGCGAUAUAGAGGCGCAGAAGCGCAAGGCAGCCGUGGCUAUGUUUAUUAGCCACCCCCAGACCCCUGGGGACCGCAGCCAGAUCACCCUCUUUGGGCCGAGCGAAUAUCGGCGAUACGGUUCCUUCUCCGUCGUCGUCGUCGUCGUCGUCGUCGUCAUCGUCGUCGCCGUCGUCGUCGUCGUCUUCCUCUCUGCCUUCGACGAACUCUCCGUCUCCUUCUACCAUCAGUACUGGAACUGCCACCUCUGCAACAGACUCGCCGCGAUCAACAAAUGCUGCGAAUAG